AUGUCAUCUAAUAAUACACUAAUCCCAGAAGUUCUAUGGGCCCAAAGAUCCAGUGAUAAUGACAAGGAUAAGAAUUACCUUCUGUUGACAAUUAGCAUACCAGAUUGUGACAAACCUAGCUUGAAGAUUGAUGCUAAUUCAAUGGAAUUAGAUGCCAAGUCGCUACCUCAUAGAGGGGAUGAAGAAUCGCACCAUUAUAAUUUGAAAAUUGAUUUUUUUAAGGAAAUUCUACCUGAUUUAACACUACACAAGAAGGCUAAUGGCCAACAUUACUUCUUAAAGAUCUUCAAGAAAGAUUUACAAACUGAAUAUUGGCCACGCUUAACUAAAGAAAAGAUCAAAUAUCCUUACAUCAAGACCGAUUUUGAUAAGUGGGUCGAUGAAGAUGAACAAGAAGAAAUUCCUCAAACAAAUGAUCAAGAUUUAAAUUCACUUGAUUUUAGUCAAUUGAUGCAAGGUGCUGGUGGUGCUGGAAAUUUACAAGAAAUGUUAGGUGCAUCCGCUAAUAUGACUGCUAGGGAAGUCGAAUCAGAUGAAGAAGAUGAUGAUGUAGAAAAUGAAGAAGAGGAGGAUGAAAAGAAAGACUAG